AUGAUUCUAGACGUUCGUACAGUAUCGUUAGUUACCAUAAUAUUUAUUUUACUUAUAUCUUGCCUUGGUAGUGUUCGGGCGGAAGAAGAACAAGAAGAAGUUUUACUAAAAACUACUGAAAAACUAAUGCCGGAAACAUUAGCCGUGGAAGUACAAGGACAUGAAAACACAUCCGGACGUAAAGUGCGACAAUUUGGUUUUCCUCCAUCACCAUUUGGAUUUGGUGGCUAUCGUCCAUUUCCUCCAGGGCCAGGUUUUUAUAGGCCUCCAGUAGGUGGUGGUGGCUUUGCCGGUGGUGGUUUCCAGCGUUCACGUGUUGUUACACGUACACAGACUCGUGUCGUAGAUCGUUAUCAGGGUGGUGGUUUCCGCGGAGGAUUCUAUGGUUAA